GAUCAUUUUAUUCAAUUGAUGCUUGAAUUAGGUUGAUAAAGACGUUCUUGCUGGUGCCGUAAUCUCUGAAGAUAUUUUAGUUCACACACAAUGUCCUUACUAUGAAGUGAGACGAUAUAGUGAACACAUCAUUAAUGGGUAUAAGUUUAAAACAGUGGCGACCAAUGAUAAGAGGGUAACGCAAAAUAGUGGGGGUCAUGGUUUGUUUUGCUCAGGAAUGUUUUUCUAGCAUAAGAGAUCAAAACCCAAUUGAAGCUGACAUCUUAUAUUAUGGCCAGUUAGAAGAUAUUGUAGAGAUAAUUUACGGCUAUGGUAAAAAAAGUCAGCGUAAUUAUUGCAUGUUUAAGGUUCGCUGGAGUCCUGCCAAACCGCGCAAGGAUCAUUAUGGGUUUACACUAGUAAACCUCGACAAAGAGAUAUAUCUAGAUGAGAAGUUCAUAUUCGCAGAACAGGCGGACCAGUGCUUCUAUGUGAAAGACCCAAAGGUUGCCGCCGAUUGGGUCGUGCUAUACAAGGAGCCAAGAUCUAUUGUCCUCCCUAAUAAUAACGCCGAUAGUGAUGAGGACAAUGAACCAAUUGGUUCUUCUGAUGAAAUUUGGCAGAUGUUCUCUUACCCUCAGAAUGUCAUGCUUGAUAUGACAGAUGCGGAGGUUCACGCUGACAACCCAAUUUUAGCCAGGGAUAGAGAACCAGAGGCAGAUGUGCAACUAGAAUCAACUACUAGUAGACGAAAGCAGGCAACGUUAAAUAUAGCCCGAACAAUACAAACAAUACCUCGUUCAAUACGAAAAUAGCAAGUUGUAGAAGGUAUAUUAUGUAUGUCAUUUUGUGCGCGAAUGUUAUUUAAAUGUGGUGGAAGCAAGCCUGAUUCCAAACAGGCACCGAGAGGCUUUCGGGGAAUUCUUCAGUGGGUUGAUAACUUGCCGAUCGGCCUGUGGUCAAAAAAAUUUAAUAACUACAUCGGCAUUUUAGUACGGCAGGCCCAAGUCAUAAACCCGUACUUCAAAUUCAAGGAGCUUCCGUGGUCCGCAUACGAGGAUAUAUGGAGAGAGUUGAUGAAAUACUAUUGUCUUGAGGACUACCCUGGGGCGUGACACUAUGUCUUCAAUAUCAAUGUUGAGGCCGUGCUCAAACAGUGGCGACAUGAGCUGAAGGUUUAUACAUAUGAUAAAUAUACCCAAGAUUGGCAGAGAUUUUUAAAUCUCGAUGAGAGGGUGGAUCUCGAUCAUUUCACGUCUCUUCUUUUUUAUUGGGAUACCGAGCCCGCACAUGAUAAAUCUAAGAAGGGCUCGACGAACCGACAUAGCAAGCGGAAGCUUGACCACCACUUGGGAUCGACGUCCUUUGCCAAUCUUGAGUAUAGUUAUUGUCGAGACACGGGGAAGCCCAUAAUGCCGAUCAAUUUGAAGGCGAAGUUAGCUUACAGCACCUUUCACUCAACAUAUAAAAACGAAGACAAGAUUAAAGAAAACAUGGUUUUGGUGGAUAAUAUUGCUGUCGCGUCGAAGGAUGCAGCACUACGUGCUACCCAAGAAGCUGCUGAUGAUCCUCAUGUCUUGUCUAGAGAGGAAAAUAAUGCCAUUGCAAUGAAUGUGAUGGGGUAUAAUAACCGGGGCAGAUUUCCAUUGAUGGGGAUUGGAGCUCAGCGGGGUACCUCAAGAAAAUCCUCCACGGCAUCCUCGACAGCCUCGACUGCGACAACAUCAUCAGACAGAACACUUGCAUCUUCUACAAUUAUGCGCGUCAACCGUUAUCUGCGCGGUAAGAUUGACCGUACAUUACUCAUGCAGAUGACGACGGCUAUAUGUUCAGAUUUGCCUCCAUCCCCUACCUGCGACGAUGUUUUUACACACAUCGUUUUAUGCUUGUCCGGGAAGAUUUCAGCUGAGUUAUUUGAAGAAGUUUUGGACCAAUUAGAUUUAGACGUUGGCGCACAGGCUGGACUUGCUGGAGGAAGCAGUAGUGACGUGCAGAGGAGGGAACUUGACGAUGAUGAUGACUCUUGAUUUUGGUUGGUGCAUGUGUUUCUUUGAGCUUCUCUGGAGAAAAUGGACUUGGAUAUCGGUUUGUAAACCGUCAUUGUAUUUUUAAAUCACAACCUUCUUUGUGUUGAGCCCAAAACAAAUAGUGAGUUGAUUCAGUUGUGCGGCAAAUUUAUACAUGUAUGUGUGGCAAAUUUAUAAGUUGACAUUGUGUUACUUUGUUGUGUGAAAAAACAAAGUAUAUAUGUGGUUGGUAUCAUGUUGGUGUGUGAUUUAUUUAUGAAAAAACAUGUGUUACUUUGUUGUGUGAUUUA